AUGAAUCAGUCAAUAGUUGGCGAACGAGAAAUAGCCGCCGAAGACAGUAUUAAAGUAGUAUGCCGAUUUCGGCCCUUAAAUGAUUCAGAAGAAAAAGCUGGAUCGAAAUUUAUUGUUAAAUUUCCAUCUGGAAAUGAUGAAAAUUGUAUUACCAUUGGUGGAAAAGUUUAUCUAUUUGACAAAGUAUUUAAACCAAAUGCCACACAGGAUAAAGUAUAUGAUGAUGCUGCCAAAUCGAUAGUUACAGAUGUAUUGGCCGGAUACAAUGGAACCAUAUUUGCAUAUGGUCAAACUUCGAGUGGUAAAACUCACACCAUGGAAGGAGUAUUGGGAGAUUCUCAAACACAAGGAAUCAUACCUAGAAUAGUGAAUGAUAUUUUUAAUCAUAUUUAUCUAAUGGAGGAGAACUUGGAAUUUCAUAUUAAAAUUUCUUAUUUUGAAAUUUAUAUGGAUAAAAUUAGGGAUUUAUUGGAUGUUUCUAAGACGAAUUUAAGUGUGCAUGAAGAUAAAAACAGAGUUCCUUUUGUAAAGGGUGCAACUGAAAGAUUUGUAGCCAAUCCUGAUGAAGUUUUUGAAGCUAUUGAAGAAGGAAAAGCUAAUCGUCAUGUUGCAGUUACCAAUAUGAAUGAACACAGUUCUCGAUCUCAUAGCGUUUUUCUUAUUAAUGUGAAGCAAGAAAAUUUAGAAAUUCAAAAAAAAUUAUCUGGAAAGUUAUACCUUGUCGAUUUAGCUGGUAGUGAAAAGGUUAGCAAAACUGGAGCAGAAGGUGCUGUGUUAGACGAAGCAAAAAAUAUCAAUAAAUCUUUGUCUGCAUUAGGUAAUGUGAUAUCAGCUUUAGCAGAUGGAAAUAAAACACACAUUCCAUACAGAGAUUCAAAAUUGACUAGAAUUCUUCAAGAAUCGCUUGGUGGUAAUGCUAGAACAACAAUUAUUAUUUGCUGCUCUCCAGCCAGUUUUAACGAAGCAGAAACUAAAUCAACAUUAGAGUUUGGAAAACGUGCAAAAACUAUUAAGAAUGUUGUAUGUGUAAAUGAAGAAUUGACUGCUGAAGAAUGGAAAAGGCGGUACGAAAGGGAAAAGGAAAAAGCAGCUAAAUGGAGAGCAAAAUGUGAAAAAUUGGAAUUGGAAUUAUCAAGAUGGAGAGCCGGAGAAACUGUUAAACCAGAAGAACAGGUUAAUCUUCAAGAGCCGUUGGAUUCGACCACUCCGGUAUCUGCUUUGCCUGAUGGCAAGAAAGGUCCCAUGCCAGCAACUCCGAGUGGUUUGAUGAUUGGCUCUCUGUCCAACGAAGAAAGACAAAAGUUGGAAGAAGAACGAGAACGAUUAUAUCAACAGUUGGAUGACAAAGAUGAAGAAAUAAAUCAAACUUCGCAAUAUGUUGAAAAACUGAAAGAGCAAAUGCUUGAACAAGAAGAGUUAAUUACGUCGACAAGACGAGAUUACGAAUUGUUGCAACAAGAAAUGACUCGUAUACAGCAAGAAAAUGAAUCCGCAAAGGAAGAAGUCAAGGAAGUUUUGCAAGCACUUGAAGAAUUGGCAAUGAAUUACGAUCAAAAAUCACAAGAAGUCGAAACUAAAAAUAAGGAAUACGAUACCAUUAAUGAAGAGCUUUCUAAAAAACAAACUCUCCUAAAUAAUACUUCAUCUGAAUUACAACAAAUGAAGGACAUGUGGACUCAUCAAAGGCGAAGAAUCACAGAAAUGUUGACCAAUUUAUUGAAAGAUUUAGGAGAAAUCGGAGAAGCCAUCGGAGGAGACGGAGAUAUGAAAUUAAAUCCUGAUACGGUGGGAAAAAUAGAAGAAGAGUUUACCGUUGCUAGACUCUACAUUUCUAAAAUGAAAAGCGAAGUUAAAAAUUUAGUUCAGAGAUGCCAGGGUUUGGAGGCGUCCCAAAUCGAUUCCAACAAAAAAGUAUCGGAAUUCGAAAAAGAUUUGGGAGAAUGCAGAUUGUUGAUAUCGCAACACGAAGCUCGCAUGAAAUCAUUGCAAGAGUCCAUGAGGGAGGCUGAAAAUAAAAAGCGUACGUUGGAAGAAGAAGUAGACGCACUCAGAGAAGAAUGUGCUAAAAUGAAAGCCGCGGAAAAAGUUCAGACAUUGAGUACUAAGGAGAAAGCCGAAGAAAAGGCUGAAGCGACUAAAAUGAAAGAAGCUCUCGAAAUUCAAAUGGAUCAACUACGAGAGGCACACCAAAAACAGGUUGCUGCAUUGAGAGAUGAAAUUGGACAAAAGCAAGAAUUAAUCAACGAAGUCAAAGAUCAAAAUCAAAAGUAUACUUUAGCGCAUCAACAAUUGCAACAAGAUUACGAAAAAUUAAAACAAGAAGAGCAAGAUAAGAGUAAAAAAUUGCAGGAAUUAAUUUUAACGAAUGAAAAGAGAGAACAAGCAAGAAAAGAUUUGAAAGGACUCGAAGACACGGUCGCGAAAGAAUUGCAGACUUUACAUAAUUUACGUAAAUUAUUCGUGCAAGAUCUCCAAACUAGAAUUAAAAAGUCUGCGAAUGCCGAAGAUGAUGAAGACGACGGCGGAUCUUUGGCACAAAAACAAAAAAUUAGUUUCUUAGAAAACAAUCUUGACCAGUUAACUAGGGCGUUAGAGGUUGCUUUAAGAGAAGCUAAAGAAGGUGCAAUGAAAGAUCGUAAACGGUAUCAAUUCGAAGUAGAUAAAAUUAAGGAAGCCGUAAGACAAAGGAAUUUAGUUGCCAGGCAAAGACGAGGAGCUAGUGCACAAAUAGCUAAACCAAUACGUGCUGGUCAACAUCCUCCGAGUCACAUAAGUCCGGGAAUUCGUGGUGGACAACCUGUAAAUAAAAUUAUAACCGAUGAGGAAAACGUUACGGAAAAAAAACUUAUUGAAAGUUGA